GCGACAACGGCGGCUGCGGAGUCAGGGGCCCGGCGGUGGCCCCGGACGGCAGCGGGAGGCUGAGGCGGGAGCGCGCGGUGCUGAGGCGGCGGCGGCGGCGAGAGGCCGGGCGGCGGAGCUGGGGGGAGGCUGAGGGGGCUCCCCCCGUGGGACGGGCGCGGGGACGGCUCCGGGGGGCGGGGGCCGGGGCCCGGGCCGGCUCGCGCGGGGGGUAUGAUGAUCCGGCGGCGGGGCCCCGGAUCUCGUCUCCUCCGCCGCCUCCUCACUGCAGCCCCAGCUCGCGGCUGAGAACCAGACACACCGGCGGUAUGGCAUCACAGCUGCAGGUGUUUUCCCCCCCAUCAGUGUCGUCGAGUGCCUUCUGCAGUGCAAAGAAACUGAAAAUAGAGCCUUCUGGUUGGGAUGUUUCUGGACAGAGCAGCAACGACAAAUACUAUACCCACAGCAAAACCCUCCCAGCCACACAAGGGCAAGCCAACUCUUCUCACCAGGUAGCAAAUUUCAACAUCCCUGCUUACGACCAGGGCCUCCUCCUCCCAGCUCCUGCAGUGGAGCAUAUUGUUGUAACAGCUGCUGAUAGCUCUGCCAGUGCUGCUACAUCAACCUUCCAAAGCAGCCAGACCCUGACUCACAGAAGCAACGUUUCUUUGCUUGAGCCAUAUCAAAAAUGUGGAUUGAAAAGAAAAAGUGAGGAAGUUGACAGCAACGGUAGCGUGCAAAUCAUAGAAGAACAUCCCCCUCUCAUGCUGCAAAACAGGACUGUGGUGGGUGCCGCUGCCACGACCACCACUGUGACCACAAAGAGUAGCAGUUCCAGUGGAGAAGGGGAUUACCAGCUGGUCCAGCAUGAGAUCCUUUGCUCUAUGACAAACAGCUAUGAAGUCUUGGAGUUCUUAGGCCGGGGAACAUUUGGACAGGUGGCUAAGUGCUGGAAGCGGAGCACCAAGGAAAUUGUGGCUAUUAAAAUCUUGAAGAACCACCCCUCCUAUGCCAGACAAGGACAGAUUGAAGUGAGCAUCCUUUCCCGCCUAAGCAGUGAAAAUGCCGAUGAGUAUAAUUUUGUCCGUUCUUAUGAGUGCUUUCAGCAUAAGAAUCAUACCUGCCUUGUGUUUGAGAUGCUGGAGCAGAACUUAUAUGAUUUUCUAAAGCAGAACAAGUUUAGCCCACUGCCACUCAAGUACAUCAGACCAAUCUUGCAGCAGGUGGCCACAGCCCUGAUGAAGCUCAAGAGCCUUGGUCUAAUUCACGCUGACCUUAAGCCUGAAAACAUAAUGCUGGUCGAUCCAGUGCGCCAACCCUACCGAGUGAAGGUCAUUGACUUUGGUUCUGCUAGUCACGUUUCCAAAGCUGUGUGCUCAACCUACUUACAGUCACGUUACUACAGAGCCCCUGAAAUUAUUCUUGGAUUACCAUUUUGUGAAGCUAUUGAUAUGUGGUCAUUGGGCUGUGUGAUAGCUGAGCUGUUCCUGGGGUGGCCUCUUUAUCCUGGUGCUUCAGAAUAUGAUCAGAUUCGUUACAUUUCACAAACACAAGGCCUGCCAGCUGAAUAUCUUCUCAGUGCCGGAACAAAAACAACCAGGUUUUUCAACAGAGAUCCUAAUUUGGGGUACCCACUGUGGAGGCUUAAGACACCUGAAGAACAUGAAUUGGAGACUGGGAUCAAAUCAAAAGAAGCUCGAAAGUACAUUUUUAAUUGUUUAGAUGAUAUGGCUCAGGUGAACAUGUCCACAGACUUAGAGGGAACAGAUAUGUUGGCAGAGAAGGCAGAUCGAAGAGAAUACAUAGAUCUGUUAAAAAAAAUGCUAACAAUUGAUGCGGAUAAGAGAAUUACUCCUCUGAAAACUCUUAACCAUCAGUUUGUGACAAUGACUCACCUUCUGGAUUUUCCACAUAGCAAUCAUGUUAAGUCUUGUUUUCAGAACAUGGAGAUCUGCAAACGGAGGGUUCACAUGUAUGAUACAGUGAGUCAGAUCAAGAGUCCGUUCACCACGCAUGUUGCCCCAAAUACAAGCACAAAUCUAACCAUGAGCUUCAGCAACCAACUCAAUACAGUGCACAAUCAGGCCAGUGUUCUAGCUUCCAGUUCUACUGCAGCAGCUGCUACUCUUUCUCUGGCUAAUUCAGAUGUCUCACUGCUAAACUACCAGUCGGCUUUGUACCCAUCAUCUGCAGCACCAGUUCCUGGAGUUGCCCAGCAGGGUGUUUCCUUGCAGCCUGGAACCACCCAGAUUUGCACUCAGACAGAUCCAUUCCAACAAACAUUUAUAGUAUGUCCACCUGCUUUUCAAACUGGACUACAAGCAACAACAAAGCAUUCUGGAUUCCCUGUGAGGAUGGAUAAUGCUGUGCCAAUUGUACCCCAGGCACCAGCUGCUCAGCCACUACAGAUACAGUCGGGAGUUCUUACACAGGGAAGCUGUACACCACUAAUGGUAGCAACUCUCCACCCUCAAGUAGCCACCAUCACACCGCAGUAUGCGGUGCCCUUUACUCUGAGCUGCGCAGCCGGCCGGCCGGCGCUGGUUGAACAGACUGCCGCUGUACUGGCUUGGCCUGGAGGAACCCAACAAAUUCUCCUGCCUUCAACUUGGCAACAGUUGCCUGGGGUAGCUCUACACAACUCAGUCCAGCCCACUGCAGUGAUUCCAGAGGCCAUGGGCAGUGGCCAGCAGCUCACAGACUGGAGGAAUGCCCACUCUCAUGGCAACCAGUACAGCACUAUUAUGCAGCAGCCAUCCUUGCUGACUAACCAUGUGACAUUGGCCACUGCUCAGCCCCUUAAUGUUGGCGUUGCCCAUGUUGUCAGACAACAACAAUCCAGUUCCCUCCCUUCAAAGAAGAAUAAGCAGUCUGCUCCAGUCUCUUCUAAGUCCUCUCUGGAUGUUCUGCCUUCUCAAGUCUAUUCUCUGGUUGGGAGCAGCCCCCUCCGUACCACAUCUUCUUAUAAUUCCCUAGUCCCUGUACAAGAUCAGCAUCAGCCAAUCAUCAUUCCAGAUACUCCCAGUCCUCCUGUGAGUGUCAUCACUAUCCGCAGUGACACUGAUGAGGAAGAGGACAACAAAUAUAAGCCCAAUAGCUCUGGCCUGAAGGCAAGGUCUAAUGUCAUCAGUUAUGUCACUGUCAAUGAUUCUCCAGACUCUGACUCUUCCUUGAGCAGCCCAUAUUCCACUGAUACCCUGAGUGCUCUCCGGGGCAAUAGUGGACCCCUUCCGGAGGGUCCCGGCAGAGUCGUGGGGGAUGGCGCUGGCACCCGCACCAUCAUUGUACCUCCACUGAAAACUCAGCUUGGUGACUGCACUGUAGCAACCCAGGCCUCAGGUCUCCUGAGCAGUAAGACCAAGCCAGUGGCUUCAGUGAGCGGGCAGUCAUCUGGAUGCUGUAUCACCCCCACAGGUUAUCGAGCUCAGCGCGGGGGGACCAGCGCAGCACAGCCACUCAACCUUAGCCAGAACCAGCAAUCAUCAUCAGCUCCAACCUCGCAAGAGAGAAGCAGCAACCCUGCCCCCCGCAGGCAGCAGGCGUUUGUGGCCCCGCUCUCCCAAGCCCCUUACGCCUUCCAGCAUGGCAGCCCACUACAUUCGACUGGGCACCCACACCUGGCCCCAGCCCCUGCUCACCUGCCAAGCCAGCCUCACCUGUAUACGUAUGCUGCCCCCACUUCUGCUGCUGCAUUGGGCUCCACCAGCUCCAUUGCUCAUCUCUUCUCCCCGCAGGGCUCCUCAAGGCAUGCUGCAGCGUAUACCACCCACCCUAGCACUCUGGUGCACCAGGUCCCUGUCAGUGUUGGGCCCAGUCUCCUCACUUCUGCCAGCGUGGCCCCUGCUCAGUACCAACACCAAUUUGCCACCCAGUCUUACAUUGGGUCUUCCCGAGGCUCAACCAUUUACACUGGAUACCCACUGAGCCCUACCAAGAUCAGCCAGUAUUCUUACUUGUAGUUGGUGAGUAUGAGGGAGGAGGGGUCAGAGUUCUUAAUGGGCUGUGAUGAGCUCCUCCCUCACCCUCUCCUGAAACUCCUUAGCCAGCAACUUGCUCUGCAGGGGCCCACUGAAGCAGGCGGCUUUUCUCUGGGGAACCUGUCUCAGUGUUGACUGCAUUGUUGUAGUCUCCCAAAGUCUGCCCUAUUUUUUAAUUCUUUAUUUUUGUGACAGCAUUUUUGGUAUUUGGAAGAGUUCAGAUGCCCAUCAUCUGCAGUUACCAAGGAAGAGAGAUCAUUCUGAAGUUAACCUUUGAAAAAUAUUUUCUCUCUCUGACUUGAUUUCUAUAAAUGCUUUUAAAAACAAGUGAAGUUCCUCUUUAUUUAACUUUAUUUUAUUGUAAUUGCUGGUCAGAGGAAAAAUGCUGAUAGAAGGACUUGAAAUCUGAUAACAAGAAAAGAAAAAUCAUUACUUUCUGCUUGUUUAAAAACCAAGACUUAAUUGCUUAUCUUAAGAGCAGCUUGCACAAGUCUGUAUUUUACUAUCUUGCAUUUCUCCUCAAAAUUUUACCUUUGCUAAUGGGACGUUUAAGCUUACAGUGUUUCAAUUUUGUUUUCAUGUCAUGUUAUAUUUAGUGGGAAAUUGUUAUUUUUGCAAAACUGGUUACAUACUACUCUCUGUUACUGUUGGGAUUCUCUCAGUUGCUCCUGUGUUUAUUAUUAAAGUAGUGUUAAAAAGGCAGCUCACCAUUUGCUGGUAACUUAGUGUGAGAGAAUCCAUACCUACCGUGAAAGCACCAGGUAUUCUUUCUAAAUGAACCCUGUGCAUUCUUUUUAAAUUAUUUUUAAAAAGUCCUUCUCUCUCUGAUUUAGCUUAAAUUUUAUUAUUGGAAAAGCCAUUAAGGUGGUUAUUAUUGUAUGGUGGUAGUUGUUUUAUUAUAUGCAAAAUCUCUUUGUAUUAUGCGAUACUGGCAUUGAUGAGCUUUGCCUAAAGGUUGUUGGCAUCGAUGAGCUUUGCCUGAAUAUUAGUAUGAAUUUUCAAUAAUACACCUCUUUCUCUCUUUGCCUCAGCUCUCCCUUCAUUCUAUGUGAUUUAUUUGGGGAGAAAGCUAAAGGAUCUGAAACCGGAUAAGAAACGUUGUGUAUAGCUUUUAUACUUUAAAGUAGCUUUCUUUGUAUGCCAGCAGCAAAUUGAAUGCUCUCUUAUUAAGACUUAUAUAAUAAGUGCAUGUAGGAAUUGCAAAAAAUAUUUUAAAAAUUUAUUACUGAAUUUAAAAAUAUUUUAGAAGUUUUGUAAUGGUGGUGUUUUAAUAUUUUGCAUAAUUAAAUAUGUACAUAUUGAUUAGAAGACUAUAACAAGCAAUUUUUCCUGCUAACCCAAAAUGUUAUUUGUAAUCAGAUGUGUAGUGAUUACACUUGAAUUGUGUAUUUAGUGUGUUUCUGAUCCUCCAGUGUUACCCCGGAGAUGGAAUUGAUGUCUCCAUUGUAUUUAAACCAAAAUGAACUGAUACUUGUUGGAAUGUAUGUGAACUAAUUGCAAUUAUAUUAGAGCAUAUUACUGUAGUGCUGAGUGAGCAGGGGCAUUGCCUGCAAGGAGAGGAGACCCUUGGAAUUGUUUUGCACAGGUGUGUCUGGUGAGGAGUUGUUCAGUGUGUGUCUCUUCCUUCCCUUUCUCCUCCUUCCCUUAUUGUAGUGCCUUAUAUGAUAAUGUAGUGGUUAAUAGAGUUUACAGUGAGCUUGCCUUAGGACGGACCAGCAAGCCCCCGUGGACCCUAAGCUGUUCACUGGGAUUUAUCAGAACAGGAUUAAUAGCUGUGUUGUGUAUAUGCAUUGUUCUCAGUUUCCCUGCCGACACUGAAAAAUAAAAACAGCAGCUUCUCUUUUUUACUGCCACCUCUACCCCUUUCCAUUUUGGAUUCUCAGCCGAGUUCUCACAGAAGCAUUUUCCCCAUGUGGCUCUCUCACUGUGCAUUGCUACCUUGCUUCUGUGAGAAUUCGGGAAGCAGGUGAGAGGAGUCAAGCCAAUAUUAAAUAUGCAUUUUUUUUCUUUCUUUUUUUUUUAAGUAUGUGCAAUCACUUUUAGAUGAGAUUUAUUUUUUCCUUUUCCCAUGUGGCAGUCCUUCCUGCAAAUAGUUGAUAUUCCUAGUAAAAUAUUUGCUUGUUGAAAAAAACAUGUAACAGAUGUGUUUAUACCAAAGAGCCUGUUGUAUUGCUUCCCACAUCCCCAAUACUAUGAGGAGGAGUUUUGUGAAGCCGCUGGUGACAGGGAACUCAAAGAAAGGUUUCUUAGCCGGUGAAGAAUAUUUAGAAGGAACCAAAGCCUGUUGAGCCAUCGGGCUUUUGAGGUUUCUUUUUAACAACUUGUGUAUUCUUGGGGCCCUUCAAACUGUGAAAGUGUCCUUGUACUCUCAGCUCCUACACGGAUCUGGGUCAAGUAGAGAGUACUGGGGAUGGCAAAGUUCCUGCCCAUUAAAGAUUUGGGGGAAGAAGGUUAACCCUAAGAUGUAGACAUGUUCCAUCUGAACUGAAAAUUAUGUAUUUGAGGGAUAAGUCUAGGACUGGUUCUUUGUAGAGAUGGUGUCAAGGAGGUGCAGGAUGGAGAUGGGAGAUUUCAUGGAGCCUGGUCGGCAAGCUCUGUACCAGGUUGAACACCGAGGAGCUGUCAAGGUAUUUGGAAUUUCUUCAUUGUAAGGAGGAAGGGCUUUCAAGAUGGGGCAGAUAGUCAGUAUAGCCUACCAGGAACAUGUUGGUGUUUUCUACUUUUUUUUUUUUUAUCAUUAUUUUGUGUUUUCAGCAUUAUAUUGAUCAAGAUACCCAAGCAGUUUGUAUAGUUUCUGUCACUAGUGUUAUACAGUUUUCUGGUCAGUGUGUGCAAUCUUUGUGUCUCUUUUUGCCAAGCGCAUUCUCAUUUUCAUGCUCAAAGGCAGAUCUAGUUUCUAAUGGAAAUAUUUUUUGUUCCUUAUCUUUACAAGGGAUAAGAUUUGUUGUUUUUGUAAGAAAUGAGAUGCAGGAAAAAAACACUCCACUCCUGCUCACCCUACCCCCCCACCCUCAGUCCAGUAAGUGGAUACCACUUAAGAUAGGAGUCUUCACGGGGAGAAGACAAUACCAAGAGCUUAUAUUGUUACCAUAAUCACCUUACUAGCAGUGUGUGGCUUUAAGAAUUUUAGAGAUCUUCAGUAUUAGUUUUGCAAAUUGGCAUUUCAGAUUUACCAAGAUAAAAAUCUAUCUGUGUCUGCUGAAUGUGUAUGUGCUCAGUGUGGCUUUAGAUUCUGUCUCUGGGGCUUAACAUUGCUGGCCCUGACAGGAUGGGGGAAGCUCCAAGAAUAAAGUGAGCAGCUGGCCCAGGUCACAGUGGCCUGACCUCAGACCAGCUUAAGGCUUUAAGUCCUGUCAGAACUUGUAUUUCCAGCUUCUCCCCUUCAGGGUGAGAGAGAAAAUGGGAAGGGUUAGGUACAGCCACUCUAGGCUCAUCUGGACACUUGAUCACUCUGGAGUUUUUAGUAGCUUCCAGGAAGUGAUACUAUGGUCAGUGCUCAGCUAAAAUCCCAGCCCCAGGAAUGAGAACUUCAUUUAAACAGUUCUGACCAUCCAUCGUCCUCCACUAGAGGGGCUAAACUUGACUGCCCUUAGCCAGGCAAGCGCAGUAGUGUGUGUUUUAUUCAGCAUUAUUAUGCAAAAACCCACUGGUUAGGAUGGUUUGUUUUAGGAUAGGAAAUGAAAUUGCCUCUCAGUGACAGGAAUGACCCAAGCCUGCUUCCUGUUUCAAUUUUUUUUUUUUUAACUGAUGGAUGGUGCAGCAUGUCUACAUGGUUGUUCGUUGCUAAACUUUAUAUAAUACGUGGUUUUGAUUCAGCUUGAAAAAUAAUCUCACUACAUGUAGCAGUACAUUUUAUGUACAUUAUAUGUAACGUUAGUAUUUCUGCUUUGAAUCCUUGAUAUUGCAAUGGAAUUCCAAGUUUAUUAAAUGUAUUUGAUAUGCUAGUUAUUGUGUGCGAUUUAAACUUUUUUUGCUUUCUCCCUUUUCUGGUUGUGCGCUUCCUUUUAUGACAAGCCUCUAGAAACAGUUUCUGAGAAUUACUGAGCUAUGUUUGUAAUGCAGAUGUACUUAGGGAGUAUGUAAAAUAAUCAUUUUAACAAAAAGAAAUAGAUAUUUAAAAUUUAAUACUAACUACGGGAAAAGGGUCCAUUGUGUAAAAACAUAGUUUAUCUUUGGAUUCAAUGUUUGUCUUUGGUUUUACAAAGUAGCUUGUAUUUUCAGUAUUUUCUACAUAAUAUGGUAAAAUGUAGAGCAAUUGCCAUGCAUCAAUAAAAUGGGUAAAUUUUCUGAUU